AUGGCGACGAAGAUUGGGAUGAUGGAUUCAGCGUAUUUCGUAGGGAGAUCGGAGAUUCUGGCGUGGAUUAACUCCACUCUCCAACUUAAUCUCUCCAAAGUCGAAGAGGCUUGUUCAGGAGCAGUUCAUUGUCAGCUGAUGGAUUCGGUACACCCUGGAGUUGUGCCGAUGCACAAGGUUAAUUUUGAUGCGAAGAGUGAGUACGAGAUGAUUCAGAACUAUAAGGUUCUUCAGGACGUGUUUAACAAACUCAAGAUCACUAAGUACGUAGAAGUGAGUAAGCUUGUUAAGGGUAGACCGUUGGAUAAUUUGGAGUUUAUGCAAUGGUUGAAGAAGUAUUGUGAUUCUGUCAGUGGUGGUGGUGGCCAGCUUCACAAUUACCAUGCAUUGGAGAGAAGAGAAGGUUGUAAAGGAGGGAAAGAAGCAACUAAGAGAGCUGCAGCUACACAACAAUCAUCCAAGAGUUCUUCUUCUUCUUCUUCAGUUGCAUCUAGACCUUCAUCUUCUAAUGGAAACCGUAGACAUGAUCCACCAUCCUCCAACACUGGGAAUCACCACUCUUCGAAAGCAACCACCUCUAAACAAUCUAAACCGGUGCCUGCUGCUUAUGAUGAAAAAAUCACGGAACUGAAACUCUACAUAGACAGUUUGGAAAACGAGAGAGACUUCUACUUCUCUAAACUAAGAGAUGUUGAGAUUCUCUGUCAGAAUCCUGACGCAGAACACUUACCUCUUGUUGGUUCCAUUAAAAGGAUACUCUACGCAGCAGAUGGAGAAGACGUUGGAGCAGCACCAGAAACAAGAGAGACACAGACCUUAAGCUCUACUGCUGAAGGAUCAGAAGAGAGAAGGAGCAGUGGAAUAGAGUCGCAGAAGAGGAAACUCAUAGUGAAUCACGAGGUGGAUGCUGCAGCGAUGACAAAUCUCUCUCCAAAGCAACGCCUCUCUGAUUCUUCUGAUGUUAAACGCACUGGAUCAUCUCCUCUUUUGACCUGCUGA